AAUCUACUUCCCGUCUGCUCAUGUGAUAUGUGUUUUCUAUAUCACACAGGGGGGUUGGCACGUUCUGAAACAACUGCAAUCAUAUACGACCCUUGGGCUUUUUACUUAAUAACGUGAUAUAGUGUCUCGCUGAGACAAGUUAUGGCCAGCAAGUACCCGAUAGUGGUGCAGGGCGAGGCGUCUGAGACCGACUCCGAUGAUGAAGUCUACAUCACCUCCCUGUCUGCUCCACAAAUCGCCUCAGUAGGAGCCAAGGUUCCGGGGGAGGCGUCGGAAACGGACAGUGAUGGCGAGGAGGAGCAGGCGCCGCGAGCAUCUGCACUGGUCCAUGACAGCAGUCAGAUACUAAAGAGAGACCUGCCGCCUCUCAUCGUCGUCAGAGACCACCCUGGUAUACAGUCAGUAGUGGAAGACGGACCCAGCCCGACACACAGGCCCCAUGGUGACACCCUAUUACAACAAAAGCUGCAGGAGUCUAACAGCCGGCUGUGUAUGGACGUUACGCAGACUUUACGACACGUCUAUGGCAACGCCAGCAAGGAGGUGCGCACUGCCACAGCUCAGCUGAACACGUCCCAGGCUGCUAUCAUCAGUGCGUCUCACAGCAUAAGAUUAAUCCUGGAUGACCUGAAGGCUGUCUCUGAGAAGAUUGAUAUCAUCACCAGCUGUCAAAUACUGCCCGAUAUUAACAUUAGUACUCCUAAUUAUUGUAGCGGUCCUGUACAAAACUAAUCGAGUUUUGUAAAUGUAAAAGCUUUAGUAAAUGUAAAAGCUGUAAAUAAUUGCACCUCAAUAAUGUACAGUACUAGAUGUAGGAAUAAACAUACUGAAAAAUAAAUAUGGCAUGGAAAUAAUA